UAAAUGUCCUGGUACUUCUGAUAUUGUGUUUCAUUUUAAUUUACACGUUAACCAUGUGGCGCCGUCUUAUGAUAUUGAUAAUUCUGAUCCUUAUACAAGUCAUAGGAUUAGACUCCUGUCAGCUGGUGUCCAGUUCGAAAGAGGACAACUUCCGGUUUAGCAACUGCAAUAACACUGAUGUUCCCAUUUACUUCAAGAACAUCACCGUCAGACCGGAUCCCUUGGUGAUAUUAACAGAGCAGUGGCCCAUUAACGUAACGUUCGAUAUCCUCGUCAUGAAGAACAUCACUCGUAUGGAGACAAUAAACGCGAAAUCAGAGGUUUUAAGGGAGCGGAACCAUGCUGCCGCUACGGGGGGAGGACCGCAAUUGCCAGAGAUGUCACAAACCUCGCAGGCGGUGGCGAGUCUCUUCGCCAACACGGCCUCGUUCCAUGGCAUCGUGGACGAUGCAGAUACCCUCAUCGCGGAUACUCCUCCAUCGCCGAGUUUCCUGGGUCUGCCCAUGCUUGAUAUUAUUGCCGCCAUGGACAUCCCAGAUCCCUUCGGUGUGGCGGAAACCGUUCAAGACAAUACGUCGAGAACCAAGGAAAAAACUACCGCAACAUCUGUUCCAUCCACAUCAACAACAGAGUCAAGUGAUACUAGCAGAAAGAGGACACUAAAAGAUGCCCAAUUAGAAGCCCUGGAAAGACAGGCAGAGAUGUGUAGGGCGGGAGCAGACUGCUUCAGGAAAGUGGCUAGACUAGCAGACUUGCUUAUAGCAAAACUAGAUAAACAAUGAACACAUUAUUCUUGUUAAUGUUAUUUUACUGUUCAAUAUUUUUGUUUGAUCCUUUGAUUUGUUAAUAACAACAACAGUUAAUAAUAUAAUUUAUUUUUUCUUAAUAUGUUC